GCGAGAUGAGCGGGGCAUUCCCUCCCCCAUCCAUCGAGCCGAGCAAGCAGAGCAGAACCAGAGCAGCGAACCAAUACCCGAUUAAGUACUCCUCCCCCGACUGUCAGUUGGCCGUCUGCCUGCCCCGUGGACGAGGCCCCACCGCCCGCCGCUCUCGAUCGGCAGGGGCCCUCCCUGCCGCCCCGCUCUAUAUAUAUGCCCCACGGGCUCCCCCACAUGCACUUGCACUAGUGUACUCCUACAAACGCAACGCAGGCAGCGCGCACACACAUCUCCUCCUCUGUUUCGCCCGCCCGCUUGCCGUGCCGGCCCCUGUUUCUUCCUCUCUCUCGAUCACACAUACCAUAUUUGUUAGCGCAGCACAGGACAGGCGCGAGCCAUGGUGGUUCUCGCCAGCCCGCCCGCGGCCGAUCACAUCCCGCUCCUGAGGUCCCCGGACCCGGGGGACUACUUCUCGGGCAUGCCUGUCAUCGACCUCUGCAGCCCGGGCGCGCCGCGUGCCAUCGCGGACGCGUGCGAGCGGUUCGGGUUCUUCAAGCUCGUCAACCACGGCGUGGCCACGGACGCCAUGGACCGGCUCGAGUCAGAAGCCGUGACGUUCUUCUCGCAGCCGCAGGCCGACAAGGACCGGUCCGGCCCGGCGUACCCGUUCGGCUACGGCAGCAAGCGCAUCGGGCUCAAUGGCGACAUGGGGUGGCUCGAGUACCUGCUCCUGGCCGUCGACGACUCCGCCUCGCUCUCCGGCGCCGUCCCGUCCGGCUCCGCCUUCAGGCGCGCGCUGAACGAGUACAUCGGGGCCGUGCGGAAGGUGGCCGUCCGGGUGAUGGAGGCCAUGGCGGAAGGGCUGGGCAUUGCGCCGCUCGACGCGCUGAGCAAGAUGGUGACCGCGGCAGGGAGCGACCAGGUGUUCCGGGUGAACCACUACCCGCCCUGCGCCGCGCUGCAGGGGCUCGGCUGCAGCGCCACGGGGUUCGGCGAGCACACCGACCCGCAGCUCGUCUCCGUGCUCCGCUCCAACGGCACCUCCGGCCUGCAGAUCGCGCUCCAGGACGGCGGCCAGUGGGUCUCCGUGCCUUCCGACCGCGACGCGCUCUUCGUCAACGUUGGCGAUUCGUUGCAGGUGCUGACCAAUGGGAGGUUCAAGAGCGUGAAGCAUAGGGUGGUGGCCAACAGCCUAAAGUCUAGGGUUUCCUUGAUCUACUUUGGAGGGCCACCUUUGACACAGAGGAUUGCACCAUUGCCACAGCUGCUGGGGGAGGGCGAGCAGAGCCUGUACACGGAGUUCACAUGGAGCGAGUACAAGAAGGCUGCCUACAAAUCAAGGCUCGGUGACAACAGGCUGGCCCAGUUUCAGAAGUAGCAGCAGGUAGAUACCCAGGGUCGGUUCAAGGAACAGCUGUUACAAGCCAGCUACCGUAGCUAAUAUUUCACGCACGAUGAAGAGGAGGAAGCUACUAAGGAAGAAAAGAGUGAAAAAACAGAGCAAAAAAAGAAGACCAUGAUAAUUUCAAGAUGCACAUGUACAGCUAGGCAGCUAGCAAGAUCUUUUUUGUGAGGUUGGUGUGUCUGUGCGCAUAGUUGCUAAAAAUUGCUUAUGGCAUGUGGGGUGAGGUGGGCUCCUUUCCUAUCUGGGAAUGCUGGACCAUUCGUGAGCAGUUAAAUUAACUCUAAUAGUUAACGGCAACCAACUAAAUUAGCACAGCGCAGGGGUAUGUUGGUAUUUUCUCCCUUUUUGGGUACUUCACAUUUUUUUCUUCCUUUUGGGUUCCGAAGACUGUAAUUGUGGUGUCCGUAACGUAGUUGUGUGUGCACGUGGACCCUCUGUUUAACCUGCAAAUAAUCAAACCUUUCUCUUUCGAACAA